GCUUGGACACCUUUGCAUGUCAUCGUACAUAUGCAAGCUUAUUGUGGGCUUUGACUUUGACAAUUAUGAUACGUCAUGUCCAGGUUGGGCCCCCGUGCUUGUACUCGUGCAUGAGCGAGUGUACCGUGGACUUUGAAGUUUAUUUUGAGUGGAUCUGACUUUCAGGAUUAUCUGUUUAUUGAAAUUAUGUAUGGCAGCGGUUACCAUUAAUAACGAUUGCAGUGAUUUUACGUACAACACGUCCAGGUUGGGCCCCUGUGCGUGUACUUGUGCAUGAGUGAACAUACUGUGGGCUUUGACUUUGAGAGUCAUUUAGUGUUGUUAUGUUUAUCUCUAUUAUGCAGGUUGGUGGUUAUUAUUAAUAACUAGUGGAAGGCGAUGAUUGCAGGUUGGGUGUGUAUUAGUGUGCUCAUGCACGAGCAAGCUUACUGUGGGUUUUGGCUUUUGAGUCAUUAUAUGUAUUUCUGUUAUGUAAGCUGGCGGUUACCAUUAAUAACUGGUGAAAGGCAAGGUUCUCAAUGAUUAUACGACACGUCCAGGGUGGUUGCCCUUCCAUGUGCUUGUGCAUGAGGAAGUGUUCCGUGCUGAAACCCAUUUCAGGUUGCUCUGCUUGUGUCGACAAAGAAAUAAAGAAAUGUGUUUUCUCUUUCAGUGAUUCAUGCCUUUAUUAAAAUUCCCACUUAACUAUCAUCAUGCAACAAUGUGUCUUUUGAGAUAUGUUUAUUCAUAUGCUUCAAAUGUUUUCAAGAUUUAAGUAGCUUGUUUGUCUGACAAGAGCUUUGUGUGCUGGGUUUAUGCAUGCUGUGUUUGCAUAUAUGCUUAAUGCGGAGUAGGCGUUCCUCUGCCUGUGUCAAGAUGAGUGACCUGUCAAGGCGAAGGGCCCCCGUUGUGCUUCUGCCUUAUGCCUCUAAAUUACAUACAUGAAGAGCAAUUUUACGGUUUAGCUUGUACAAGAUGCCAGAAUAGAUGUAUUUCUUUUUCUUAGACAAGUGGAGCUGCAGUCCUGCUGAGUGGUGAAGAUGAUUUCAGGCAAGCUUGUGAGAUGGCUUUUUGAUCCAAAGUAGAGCAGACCGGGACGACCUACCUUCCUCUGAUCCACACAGCCGAUCCGGCCCCAUUACUGCGUGGGGUUCGCGCGCUGUGAAGACUGGUCGCGACUCGUGUACAGAAGUCAGCACGUUCUGUUUUGUCUUAUCUGGAAAGCUGCUACAUUCCAGCGGCUAAGCGUUGGGUAUUAGCCAGCAAAUUGGGUAUUAGCAGUAGAUUGUUGGUAUUACAUAGCAGGUGCUGCAUCACUUCACUUCAUUAUGUUUAACCCCCUCCCUAAUAACUGAUUGCGACCUCAUAACGCCAGUGGAAACACGCAGUAAUUAUUACCUCAUAAAGGUAACAGGCAAACAGUUGCAUGUUUUAACACCCAAGGGAACAUUACGAUUAAUUUGGUGGGAUUUUUUCUUUGCUUUUUUUCCUCUGCAGUUGAGUAAGCCCAUUUUUCACCCUUCUUAUAACUCAGGUUUAGUUCUACUUGCAGAUUACUGAACGUUAUGGUAGGUUUGCUUUAUAAAGCUUUUUAUGGAGGCAAAAAGUGUACAUACAAGGAUAAAUAUAACAAAAAAUGUGCCAUUUUUUCACCAAAGAGGUAAAAUACAUCCAGCAAAAGUCAUCAGGUAAAGAGCCAACCAAAACAUUUAACACAUAAAGGCAGUGGUUUAAGUAGAAUUUUAAAAUGAGUUGCAAGUGUAAGAAGGAGUCAACCACUGUAUAACAUGACUAAAUAAAAGUAAAUCUACUCAUGCUUUUGAAGAUGCCUCACAGAUACUUUUUUUAUGGAUUGCAUUGGCCUUUUCUCUGUAGCAAUAAAUUUCAUUUACAGUUCUAUCAGGGUUGCCACAUCAUGGAAAACCUGGAAAAGAAUUGGCCAAUUUUCCAAUAACGAUCAUGAUUAAUCACCACUUGCCGCUGUGUGUGAAAUCUGCCAAUUUUUGCUGUAUUUUAUGAACACAAAGAUAAAUGACAGGACACAAUUAUAUAUAUUUGUAUGUAUUAAGAGCUCCAAAUGAACUGACAAUUAAAAUCAAGCUAAAAGAUACCACACGUGUAUUUGCCUAACGCUAGUCUCUUUAACAGUAGCAGAACAUUUGAAUCACACUUUAAUCACGUCAUUAUGAGCCAUGAAGGGUUGCAUUCAAAGACACCACGUAACUUAAGUUGAAUUCCCAUUUUUAUAUAUAUAUAUAUAUACUUUAUAGUACUUUGUUUGUACAAUGUUUGCGUAAGCUAUCUUUUAUAACACCCUUAUUUAACACAAAACAGGAUAGCGCUUUUAUUUUGAAGGCCGGAAGUGUGUUGUGUGAGUUAUGAAGUUCCCUUUACUGUUUCGAACAGACACAGACUGUGCCAAUAAUAAACUUGCCUAGCCAUAGCCAUAGUUCCCGUCCUUUAUUUACACGGAACUCCCACAUCAGCGAGCACCCUGAAACCCUCGGUUACAUUGGCAUGAGACAGAUGGCAUUUAUUGUUUGACUUCCCUGGUUGUGAUUGCUUGGAGCCCAUGUGUCAAUGGAGGGCCGAAACACUGCAGGUUUUCUCUUCAACCGUUUUUUCCAGCCGGUGAUGUAAUUGAUGAGCUCCUUUCCUCAAAUUGAAGGAGGUGUUGAUCAUGAAAAUCAGCUGCUUUAGUGACCAGCUGGAAAGAAAACCUGCAGUAUCUCGGCCCCCCAUGGCAUGAGUUUGACACCCUUGACUUAGAGGAAGUCCGAGGUAGCGCGUCAAAGACGAGGUACUGUGUUAUUUCUACAUCAUGAAUGUGUGAGCAUAAAUCAUGGUGAUCGUACACCCUCUUUUGCAUGAUAUCAUUGUGUUGCAAUGUUGCACUGAGCCAACCUCUCUUUUUUAUGAUGUCAAGCCAAACUCUUUAGCUGCUUCUUCUUCUAUGGUGCUCGCCAGCUAGCUUCUUCUUUGUUGGUGUCUGUGGCUGUUUCUUCCGGUUGACAACGUGGGCAUCAAAACUAGAAAUCGAAAUAAAAACUUUUUAACAAUGCCUGGAGAAUCGCAAUGUUAGUCCUGGUUCCCAUCGAUUCUCAAGACUGGAUGCCCAACCCCAGUCAUGUCUCAUAACAUUACUGAUGCCUCGUGACCACAAUACUACAUGUAGGAAGUGUCAUUCCUAGGACGAGCUGACUAGAGACAUGCAUGUGUUGGAGAUACAUAUAUGGUGUUGGCAUUGCACUGCUGUUGAUGUGUUCAGGUCAGAAUAGAGUUAUUAAAGAGCGGCGGACUCUGUGUGACUCUGUGGGAAUGCUAUUGUGGCUCCAGCUACAACUUCCUCACUUUUUGCCAUAACAGCAGGGAUGUAGAUUGACAUGAUGUGCAUGUAUUAAUGACGCAAAAAAAUGAAUGUGAUGAAUGAAAUAAAUUAGUUACCGCUGUUAAUACGCUAUUUUUGACAGCCCUAGUUUAAAGGGAAAAAAAAACUGUUUUGGGAUAACCUUUCAGACUUAGCGUUUAGAGACAAAACUAGCAACUAUAAGUUGAAAAGUGUCGAUGGUAUUGGUACCUAUUGGUAAAAUGUCCUGGAAAUAUAAUUUCAGUGAAAAACUGGGAACACUGUUAAAUGGAUAUCAUCACACUCGAAAUCACACAAAAAGUGAAAGAAAAAGCAAAAGACAUUCAUGGAGUAAAGUAUCUACUGUAAACCCUUUUUUCAUUUAAGACUUCAGUACUGUUUUUUGUUUUGUCUAAAGAUAUCUUGCGCAGUUCCAAUAAAACUAUGAUGAACACUUAUAUUAAUCUCCUUGGGCGGCUAUCCACAUGGAAACGUAUUUGAUCGUUUCAGCCUCUCAUCCACACAGGAACAGCAUUCUGGGUGACCUGAAAUGGUAUUGUUUGAAAACGGCUUCCAGAGUGGGAAAAUCUGAAAACCCCAGCUUGUUGUUACCUUGUAGACAGGCUAUACGAGAACGAUGAUGUCACAGAGGCACCGCCGCUGCCUUGUCGCCCUCACGUGACCAGAAGUGAGCUGUGAUGAUAAGCCAACAUAAUAUGUGAAUAUUUCAACGGGCAUAGCUCACACAAGUCAGCAUUCUCCUCAUAUUUUGUUGUCUUUUACUCCAGAAUGACUCGCAGAAGUAAUUCCACUUCUCGUAAGUCUAAAAGCGGAAGACGGACUUAUCUUCCUUCUUCUAUGGUUUGGUAUGUUUACAAGUUUGGACUCUCCUGACACCUAAACUACGCCCAUUCCCGCUGCCUCCAUCUUCUCAAAGGACGGUGAUUGUUUCAGGUUAUUUUCUGACACAAUUAUUUUCUGCACGACCGCGCUUUGAAGCUGUGGGAUCUCACCACCGCAAGGUUAACUAAGCUGACUGCUACACGAGAAAAGUAAAUGUCUGUUCUUUUUAUUGUGUCAUGGCAGAGGGGGAGAAAGGAAAAAAAAAAUGCAGCAAUUUCACAACGCCGGGGGAACUCGGGACUCCACUAUGUCAACCAUUACGCCACCGUCACCAAACGAGGACAAAACACAAAGCUGUCCUCCUUGGCUCCGCUUGAAGAUCACAUCAUCUCCUUUUUCCAAUUUCACCGACGCAUCUCGGCGCGACAUAAUGACUCGUUUGUGGUUGGCCGCUGGCGCUUUUCGGGGAGAUAUCUCAUCGACGACAAUAACAGCAGCGUGCCGUAAAGGGAUAACUUGUCUUAUUGCUCAAUGGAUUUACAUACAGCAGGUGAUCAUUGUGGCCUCGGGCUGGCUGUAACUGAUGGUGUGUGUCAGCUGUGUACACGACUCUUGUCUUUUCAUUUGGGCUCUCUGGACUGCCGGGCUAUCCCACUGCAGAUGUACAGCUUGGAAGACUAAAUAGCCUUUUUGAUUGGCGCGUGUGUACAUUGGAUCCCCGCAUAUUUGCGAUUCAGCAUUCGUGGACCCGCAAAUUUGCAGAUUUUGGGUAAAAAAAAAUUUCAUUUACAUUUUCCCCACAGAAAACAUUCAGCCUAAGUCUGUAAUAAUUUAUAAAUAUGUGACAUAUGGUACAGUCUAGCAUACAUGUACGAUGUGAAGAGAUGAAGGUGGUUCCAUGCUUGUAACGCUUGCCUGACGACCAGGCUAAAGGCUACACCGCGACUCUGAUUUCUUCUGUGCUAUUGAUCAUCUUACAUUAUUAUGCUUUAGUGGUAAGUACGUUUACAUUUUAGAAUUUAAAUUGAGUUUAAUAAGUGUGUGAGGCAUAUUUAGGGCUUAACCUCGCGCUUCUAUGCAUUUAGAUUGUUAGCUUUCUUUGCUACAGAGCACCAGGACGCUUUGGAUUGUAUAUUUUUGGGCCUAUUGCAAUGGUAAUAAAUAAAAUACUAAACCGAACUGGUGAAAUCAAGGCUUGAUACGACUCUCGGACGGUAUGGAGCAGCUUUUUGUGAACAAAGAACUUUGAUUUUGGAUCUUUUGUGAUUAGUAUUAAUUCCAAUGUGUAUGUUGCGAGCUAGCUAGCCGCUUGAUGCUUAGCUCCACCGUCCACAAGGCACACUGAAGUGCACCACUGUGAUCGCCACUCCCAAGGGCUCGCUAGGAAAGCGUACAUAAAGUCGUACAAAACAUGGAACGGCUCAGGGGUCCAUUGUCAACACCACUACACACCAUCGGGUUAGGACUCUUGGAACAUAUCGAACAGCUCGUUGUGAACAAAUAGCUGUGAUUAAAAUUUUUCUGUGACUUCUGCUUACCAGUUAGCUAGCCACUAAGCGCUGCCCUCCACAAGGCAUACUGGAGUGUACCACUGCAACCGGCCCCCGCUCCGAUGGUAUUAUUAUGUACUUUAUUCUCAGUCUGUAGGGCUUUUCUUUUAUAAAACGCAUUACUAAUUCAAGAUGAUUUACUUUCCUACAAAGGCUUUAAUAUUAAAAUACCAUUGUACAAUAAUCCAUUUUAAAAGAAACCCUAUUCAGAAUAAUGCUAAUGAGAGGAUGUAUGUGCGUUGUGCAUUCUCUGAGGCUUUCCCGGUGAGGGGAUGUAAGCGCGAGAGAAAGAGGAGGUGGGGAUAGUGUGUGGGAGAGGCGAUAAGAAGCGAUAGCUCAGCAGAAAGGUGUAAACUCCUUUGGCUGCUAGCUAAUCUAGCAGGCUUAAGGGGCAGUUGUUUUUUUUCAUUGAGCCCCCAUGGCGUCUGAACCACAGGAGCCACAGGGGGGACCCGGGACACAUUGAUUAGCUGGUGAGCUAGAUAUGCAGCGGAGGACUAACUCUGCUGCUAAUCCUCUCCCGCCACCUUUGACCUCCUGCAGCAAUUUCUCACAAGGGAAGGGGGAAGGUAGGUACAGGUACGACGGACACAAGAUGAGCAAGUGACCGAGGAUGAGAGUAGUCCACAAAAAAGAAGCCUCAAACACUCGUGGCUUGUGUCGCUCUGAUCUCGAGCCAAAAUCUGUGAAGGUGCGCGUGCACGACAUCUGCCCCUGCUACUGCUGCUGCUACGCUGCUUAUCUGUGUGAGAGCUUUUGCUGUAAAUAAAAGCGGAGUUCUGGCAGGGAGACAGGUGCAACGGGCCGAGCCAAAGUACCAUUACAGUAACUCAAAGAAAGAGAGAGUGCAACACGUUUGAAGUGGCCCAUAUUGGCAUAUGAUGAAUAAACAUGAUCAAUGCAUUACUUUUUGAACUGACUGGUGCAAGGCUCAUUAGCGACCAAGAGGCUGCCGCUGGUUAAAAGAGCGGUGGUCAUGACCCUUCACAUGCACCAAAAAGAUGAACAAUGGAGGACCAUGAAGAAGCAGCGACCUCUCAGAUUGCCUGUAACGACUGAUCCUUUGAGUCACUGUUACUCAACAUUAUCAUGUUUACUGCAAGUUACCUUCUGAUUAUUUGUACUGUGUCACUGUAAUCAUAACAAAUCUGCAAAUAGGAGUUCAAAAUUAAGUAAAUUCUGAAUAUUGACAUUCUAUUUAUUUUCCACAUGACUGUUAAAAAGCAUUUGUGCGCCAAUGUGUUAUGAGUUGCUAUGUCCAUGUUUGUCAAGCAGACUUGCUCACACACAUGUGGUUGUCAGUUCGCUUGGGUGUUUUGUCAGAGGCAUUGAGCUGUGUGAGAAAUCCCAAGUCAAUCUAACUUAAGCUGUGUAAUAACAGCGCCACCAUGUGGUGUGUUUACCAGAAAACUAAAGCGCAGGCAACACAGUACAACCAUAGUCAUUGGAAUUUUGCGGCCCAAGUUUAAGCGUGAGAGAGCCUGGCCUACAUUCUUUUGUUGUUGAAUGUUCUUGAAAAGAUGUAGAAUUUGGGAGCCCUGACCUCAAACCCCCAUCAAAGUCCUCCAAGCAUGCCUUAAAAGCCUGUUAGUGCUUUGUACACUAAGGCACAGUCAUGGCCAGUGUACUGUGAUGCAGCCUGAAUUAGCUUAUGUGUAUAUUUGAGUCCUGUGAUUGACUUCCUAUGAACAGUCCAGGGUGUACCCCACCCUCCUCUCGCUCACACUCAGCUGGGAUAGGCCCCAGCUCUGGAUUUCAUGUCAACCAUUAGCAUUUAUAACAUUAACCCUUUGUUCCCCCGAAAGCCCAUAAGUGAAGUGGCCCCCUUUUAUAAGCCCUUCCAGCCGUUGUACCAGCAACGUGAUUAGAAUCCCCGCAUGCUGAUUCUCACUGGACUUGGCCAGCCUCCAGUAUGGUAGGAUGCUGGUUAUGAAUAGCCCCUUGCAUCACGGCCCCCUCCCCCACAUGCGCCAAACCCAAACAUGGCUGUCAAUACGUCGCAGUCGGUGUACUUUGAGCCUUUUUUUCCCUCUUUCUGAGGUUAACUGAAUGCAUAUCGCAGCACGCCGUUGGUGUGACAGCAUUAGAGGAAUCAGUAACAGCCUUUAAGUCUUUCUGAGGCGGAUUGGGGCGGAGAUUAAACAACAUCGGUUAAAGGGAGAUGGCAGGGAGGGGCGCAAAUGUUUUUGGGUCUUACAGGCAUCCGACACCUCCUCCAUAAUAGCAAGCUAAUCCUUUUUAUACAGUGUGAGUCUUUCCUUCCACACACACACUGUUAACGGCCAAACACACAUGCGAGCAGGCAGGCAGGCACAGAUUCAAAAGCAUUCACACACUUCAAGGGCACACAUUGAUAAACACUCAUCAUCUUCACUCAGCUGAUGAAUGCACAUCUCUGAACUGGUGAUAAUUAAUUGAAACGGCUCGUCAAGUGACAUCCACAAAAGCCAACUUUAAAAAAGAAAAAAAGCCAAAUAAAUCAUCUAGCAGCACAUCCGUCACCAGAGACCGGCCAGGGGUUAUUACUCAAAGUUACGCUUGCAGGCUAAAAAGCUGCUCCAAAAGACUUUGUGCCACUGUUGCUCAUACACCAAAUGAAGUCAUUAUAAGCCUUGAUGACAGAUGUCCCUUCACGUUUGCCGUUUGGCUGCGUUGAAAUGCUGCCAAAUGCCUGACGCUGUGGUGGAAUGAGCAGGGCGAGGUGCACUGGACUGCAGUGGCCACCCAGCCAUCCAUUUGCUAUACUGCUACUCCAAUUCAGGGUUGCAGGCAGGCUACACCCUGAACUGAUCAGUCAAUAGCCCCUUUCACAGUUCUCUUAAAAGCUGGCAUCACCUCAGAAUUUGGGGUGUGACGUCAACCUCUUCCGGCUUUGGGGGUAGUACGAGAGCAGGAUCAGAAGCGGGAUGAUGCCUGUGUGAAAGGAUAAUUGACAAUGCCAAGACUGGAGGUGAAGUUCAACACCUGAAACUCACUUCUUCCAUCCUGUUGUUUUUAAAUUUAUUGUUGUUGUCUGAGUAUUUUACCGGUUACUAUGUUGCGUCAUCGUGUGAACAUGCACAGAGUUACAGUUCUGUUUCUCUGGGUUGUGGGUGAAAUGCACAAGUAAUUGACUGAAUUGUUAGCCACCCACUGACCCUUUCACACUGUCCUGAGAAGCCGGCUUUUUGUUGUCUAGCUUUUCUGUGUGAAUAGCAACGUCACAGAUGACAUCGACCUGCCAAUUUCAUGGUUUUGGAGAUAGUAUCAGAGCAGUACAGAGGUGAGAUGAUGCCUGUCUGAAAGGGUAUUUGGGAAUGCUGGGGCCUGUGUUAAACAUAGUAUUUGUAUUCCGACAAGUACAUGUUAGGUUGUUGCUGCCUCUCUAGGUUCUGUGUGAAAUGCACAGCCAAGUUAAUGCUGGGCUGGAGUAAUAGCUAGUUAAUAGUCCCUUUCACACUGUCCUUGAAAGCCGGCUUUUUGCCAUCAUGUUGUUCUGUGUGAACAGCACCAUCAUGGAUGUGGGGUACAACAUCCACCCGACAAUUUUAUGGCUUCAGAGGAAAUACCUGAGCCACAACAGAGGCGGUAUGACGAGGAAAUGAGGUGAAGUUUCAAACACCUGAAACUCCCUUCUUCUAUCCAGCAUGCUAAUGUCUGUCUGUUGUGCCGCACAGAGUUAUGGCAAUGUUCCGCUUCCCUUGGUUCUUUGUGAAAUGCAGGGACAAAUAAGUGUGGGAUAUCUGAUGUGCCUUUUCACGUGUUCUGUUUGAGCAGCACCGCCACGGUAUAGAGGGUACAGUCUGCCAACUUCGGAGGUAGUAUCAGAGCCCUAACAGAGGCAGGCUGCUGUUUGUUGUGAAAGUGGAACGCGCAGUCCCGGGAUGGGACAGUUGAACUCCUGAAACUCACUUCUUCUGUCCUGUUGUGUUGUCAGCAAUUGUCUCUGUCCAAAAAGUAUUUUUACGUCACACCGUGUUAUGUUGGCCUGUGUGAAAAACACAGAUGUAUAAAUGCAGGAUUUACUGUUAUGUCCCUGAUGUGCCCAUUUUGCAGUAUCUCUGUGUAAAAGUCGCUAAUCACAGCCUCAUUAAAGGUGAGCUCUGUGAACCACUACACUGCCAAUAGCAGCAAAUGCAGCUGAUGAAAAAAGGUAUCCAUUAAUUUUGUGACAUCAAAUCGCUGUUGAAUCCCCUUAACGCCACUGACUCAUUUUAGCCUUUUAGGCUCAGUAAGAGGUGGUGAAGGGUUUGGGGUAGCAUGGGGAUGGGGCGGUUAGUAGUCAUUUUAUCCCGUUUCAUUGUCAUUAUCCUCCUCCUUGCACACUCUGAUUGCACAGGCCAAUUAAAAUGAACCAUUCAGCAAAAGCACUUUCUGCCCCCCGAUUGUUGUGUCAUUUACGGAGCAUUACCAUCGCCCAAACUCUUAUUCAUCUUUGUCCCCCCACCCCCUCCUUCUCUCUCAGGAGCUGUCCAAAGUAAUAAGUGUUUUGCAGUGUGAUAAUGCUGCGCUGGCUCUUCCUUUUGGGUCCGUAUUGAAAUCUUCAUCCCCGUCCCCGCUGUCUCUCAUGAGCUGAUACUAUCCCAUUUCCCUUUGGAGAGUCUGCUCCUCUCCAGCUGAAUUAACCAACCCCCUUUUUGGACUUUAUACUUUCUCCAUCUUGCAGGCCUCCAUCUUACUGCCACAACUCUCCCACCUUCAUCACUCCCUUUAGUCACACACCUCCUUGUGGAUGGGAGUCUCCAGUUGGGAAGCAUCAGAGUGUAACCAGCUAAAUUGGACUGUUAUGGUGGCGGUACAGGCAGCCAGCAGACCGUUCUCCAUGAGGAGCAGUAGAAGAUGCCGGCUCUGCCAGCACUGCUGCUGUCAAUACACUUCCUGUCCUUUUUCUUGCUAGCCAACAUGCCGCCACAUUCGCUCAGCCAGACCCCCGUGCUCUCCUCCGUCCGCAUGGCGGCCAUCUUGGACGACCAGUCGGUGUGUGGGCGCGGUGAGCGUCUGGCGCUGUCCCUGGCCAGGGAAAACAUCAACAGCGCUAUGGAGGGCCCAGCUCGAGCCCGAGUAGAGGUGGACAUAUACGAGCUGCAGAAAGACUCCCAGUAUGACACCACUGACACCAUGUGUCAGAUUCUACCCAAAGGCGUCGUCUCGGUGAUAGGCCCCGCCUCCAGCCCUGCCUCUGGCUCGACUGUCAGUCACAUAUGCGGUGAGAAGGAGAUCCCGCAUGUCAAAAUCGGUCCAGAAGAGACGCCACGCUUACCGUACCUCCGCUUUGCCUCCGUCACUCUGUACCCGAGCAACGAAGACCUGAGCUUGGCCAUAGCGGCCAUCCUGCGCUCCUUUAGCUACCCUUCAGCCAGCCUGGUCUGUGCCAAGGCUGAAUGCCUGCUGAGAUUGGAGGAACUGGUGCGUCGCUUCCUCAUCUCCCGCGAGACGCUGUCAGUCAGAAUGCUGGAUGACAACUUGGACCCGACCCCGCUGCUGAAGGAGAUACGUGACGACAAAGUCGCCACCAUCAUCAUCGACGCCAACGCCUCCGUCUCCUACCUCAUCCUCAAGAAGGCAUCAGAGCUGGGGAUGACGUCAGCGUUCUACAAGUACAUCCUCACCACCAUGGACUUCCCCCUGUUGAGACUGGAUGACAUCGUGGACGAGCAGUCUAACAUUGUGGGUUUCUCCAUGUUCAACACGACCCAUCCCUUCUACCUGGAGUUCAUCCGCAGCCUCAACCUGUCGUGGAGCGAGGGCUGCGACCUGACCUACCCUGGCCCUGCACUCUCGUCAGCGCUGAUGUUUGAUGCGGUGCACGUGGUGGUGGGGGCGGUGAGGGAAUUGAACCGAAGUCAGGAAAUUGGCGUGAAGCCGCUCAGCUGCACCUCGCCUCAGAUCUGGCAACACGGGACCAGUCUUAUGAACUAUCUGCGCAUGGUGGAGUAUGACGGCCUGACGGGCCACGUGGAGUUUAACAGCAAAGGUCAGAGGACCAACUACACCUUGCGGAUUCUGGAGAAACACAGAGGAGGCCACAAAGAGAUUGGGAUCUGGUACUCCAACAACACCCUUGCGAUGAACUCCACCAGUCUGGAUAUUAAUGUCUCGGAGACGCUGGCAAACAAGACCCUUAUUGUUACCACCAUUCUGGAAAACCCGUACGUGAUGCGCAAAGACAACUACCAGGACUUCCAGGGCAAUGACCAAUAUGAAGGAUUCUGUGUGGACAUGCUGAGGGAGUUGGCCGACAUCCUCAAGUUCUCUUUCAGGAUCAAGCUGGUGGACGAUGGCCUCUACGGCGCCCCCGAGCCCAACGGCUCCUGGACGGGCAUGGUGGGAGAACUGAUCAACAGGAAAGCAGACCUGGCGGUGGCAGGCUUCACCAUCACGUCAGAGAGGGAGAAAGUUAUCGACUUCUCCAAACCCUUCAUGACCCUAGGAAUCAGCAUCCUGUACAGGGUUCACCUGGGUCGUAAGCCGGGUUACUUCUCCUUCCUGGAUCCUUUCUCCCCGGCUGUGUGGCUCUUCAUGCUGCUGGCCUACCUGGCUGUGAGCUGCGUGCUCUUCCUGGCUGCAAGGCUGAGCCCCUACGAGUGGUACAAUCCUCACCCGUGUCUGCGGGAGCGCAGGGACAUGCUGGAGAACCAGUACACUCUGGGUAACAGCCUAUGGUUCCCCGUUGGUGGCUUCAUGCAGCAGGGAUCCGAGAUCAUGCCCAGAGCCUUGUCCACCAGAUGUGUCAGUGGAGUGUGGUGGGCGUUCACCCUCAUCAUCAUUUCAUCGUACACGGCCAACCUUGCCGCCUUCCUGACUGUGCAGAGGAUGGAGGUCCCCAUCGAGUCCCCAGACGACUUGGCCGACCAGACCAACAUCGAGUACGGCACCAUCCACGGAGGGAGCACCAUGACGUUCUUCAUGAACUCUCGCUACCAAACGUACCAGCGCAUGUGGAACUACAUGAACUCAAAGCAGCCCAGCGUGUUUGUGAAGAGCACCGAGGAGGGCAUCGCCCGCGUGGUCAACUCCAAGUACGCCUUCCUGAUGGAGAGCACCAUGAACGAGUACCACCGCGGCCUCAACUGCAACCUCACGCAGAUCGGAGGCCUGUUGGACACCAAAGGAUACGGCAUCGGCAUGCCGCUAGGCUCUCCGUUCAGAGACGAGAUCACGCUGGCCAUCCUCCAGCUGCAGGAGAACAACCGACUGGAGAUACUCAAGAGGAGGUGGUGGGAGGGAGGACAGUGUCCCAAAGAGGAGGACCACCGUGCCAAAGGUUUGGGUAUGGAGAACAUCGGCGGCAUCUUUGUGGUGCUCAUCUGCGGCCUCAUCAUCGCCGUCUUUGUGGCCAUCAUGGAGUUUGUGUGGUCCACGCGUCGCUCCGCUGAGACCGAUGAGGUAUGCCCCCAUACCUGCCCUCGCCGAACCCGCAGACACACCCCAGUGUCUGUCUGUCAGGAGAUGAUCACAGAGUUCCGAAACGCCGUCUCCUGUAAGAAGAGCUCCCGUUUGCGCCGCCGUCGGCCGCUCAGCAGCUCGGCAGCGCUGCGCCACCCAAACCGCAUCGCUCUGGGAGCCCCCCGACCUUUGCGUCUAGUUCGGGAGAUGCGCCUGAGCAACGGAAAACUCUACAGUGGAGCCGGCCCCCUCACAGGCGGAGCUGGAGGAGCAGGUGGCGCUGGAGGGGCGGCGCCCCCUGAUUUGGGGCCUGGUCCCCAGCGGCUCCUCGAUGAUCCUCUCAUUGCCAAUGCCACCCCUCCUCCGCAGGCACCCACCCCGGUGAUGUUGCCUACCCGCAGUUGUACCCACGUGAGGAUCUGCCAGGAGUGCCGCAGGAUCCAGAGCCUGAGAUCAGAUGGCACUUUGGGAUCGGCCACGACGAGGAUACCGCCCUCGUCGGCGCCCCUGCCGCGCCUUCCCCCUCCCCCUCCCCCGUCCUCCUCCAACACGGACAGUGAGGGCGGAGGUGGGCCCAGCCCCAGGCGGCUGCACAGCCCCCCGCCUCACACUGUCCGCCCCAUUCCUCCACCACAGAACCUCAAUAAAACAGACCUGCUGGGGGACCAGGCCUGAGGGGAACUUACUUACGGAAACACCGCUUGAUCCCAAAAACAUGAGGGAACCCAAACAUUAACAAGGGGAUACAAAAUGUGAUUACCUUUAAAGGAAAGACGACUCAAACCUGUUGAAGCCUGCAGAAACAGCAAAGGCUGCUCGCAUGCGCUUUGGACACAACUGACGGAAGUGCUUCUUUCUUUGCCCUUCUCUCACUGAGGCUUUUCUUCCACGGACACAUCCAGGAAGAUCCUGCUGUCAAAGGACGUGUUGUACCUGUCAGACUUCCUGAGGAUGAUUAAAUGUCGUUUUAUUCAUUUGUUGUCUCGUUUUGUUACCAUUUGUUCGAAGUGGGCGUUCAAUAAAAAAGCCUCGCUUGUGACAAAACGCUGGAUUAUGACAACGAGAAAUGACAUGACUCGGGCUAAUUGUGUUGGAGAGUUUUGUGUCCCUCCCUGUUGUGUCCCGCCUGCUUGAAGGAUGGAUGGAUGACACACAAAUCAAACAGUAGCAGAGUUUGCAACCUGUAUGUGUAUGUGUGUGUAUGUGUGUGUGUAUUUAACAAGUGUGUUCAAAGUGAGCAGAACUCAGCAGUCUCCUAUUAAGGUUAAAAGACACAAAAUGGUGCGGGAGAUCGGGAGCACGAGGCUUUGAAAUGUAAAAUGAAUGUCCCUCAUUAUCCUGCUUGCUUCUGCCUUGGCUCCGCCAGAGGAGAGGGAAAGACUUGGAGAGGUACGGAAAUUAGGACACCUCAUGGGCACUCCCUGUGGGGUGCACUUUGCAGGACAUGCUAGCAUAGAUGCAAUGCAGAUAUCCUCAAAGUUUUAUAACCAUGAGACAAACGCCCAAUGACUUAUGGGCAAUGAGCUGCUAAGUUCAAUGGCGGCCAUAUUUUUCAACCAAUCUUGUUCAAAUUUGACACACAUGUGCUUGUCAGUCCCUUAAAGGGGCGUACCGAAUUAUGUGGCGCUUCAACUAAACGCCCUACAGUUACCGUGCAUGUUUUAGAGCGGUGUGAGAAGUUCCAAGUCAGUCCAACCCAUUGGAGUGAAUACCAGCCUUGUCAUAAAAAUCAAAGCACAGACAACACAGGAGUAGAAGAGUCCAGCCUUACAUCGGAGUCAAAAAGAAGCUACAAAAGGAACUGCUUCCAUGAUUAGAUCUGUCUGCCUGUUAAUUCUGGGCAUCUUUUUAAAGGGGUUUGUUAACGCGCCAGCAAGCUUCUUUUUUUCUUUUUUUUUUUCAUCUCGCCGUUUUAACACGGCGACUUGGCCGUCCAGCGCAGGGAGGCUGGCUGCCAGAACAAUAGACUCAACACAGUCUCGUCAAUACUGUCUCAAGCUUUUGAUUGCCUAAUUACUCCCCUCGCCGACUGGGGACCACUGCCAGGAUCGAGUGCAUCGACGAGCAUACUGAUGAAUAGAUUGAGAGGACACACAUGUUUUCCCCCGAAUCUUUUAAUUGCAUUGUUAACGUUACACACCCAAACCGAUCGAUGCGCCGCAGAGGAUUUAGGUUUGGACAAUGCAAGACCUGAUGAUUCAACAGCCUUGUCACCGCCGCUCUCUCUUGCACUCAAGUUGAUUUUUUUUUUUUUUUUUUAGAUAGCUGGCUACAUUGGGUUUUUGCUACAUGAAUGAGUUGCUAUAGUUACCAGGAACUGGAGCAUCGUUGAUCGUCCAUUCUUGUUUGUUACAUUCCUGAAGGAGAUUCAUGGACGUUUCGUCUCGUAAUAUGACUUAAUACCCAUCAUAUUUUGACAUUAUUCCCAUAAUAUUAUCAUUUUCCCCAACGUAAUAGUCCAAAAAUGACAACUGUAUUGUGUUUUGUCUGGUUCUCAUAUAAUGACUUU